AUGCAGUCAUUAAGUGUUUUUAGACCUUCUCAUCCAAAGUUUUAUACUGUUAUUGGAGAAUCAACAAUUCCUAAUUCUUUUGAAAGUUCUGAUGGUAUUAAAAAUAGAAAUACUAGAGAAUGGGGAGAUAUAAUGACCACUUAUGUUAUGCUAAAAUAUAGAAAAUGGCAAAUAAAAGAUAGAAGAACUAUGUCAUUACAUUCUUUCCAUCAUAGAUGUUCAGAAGAAUUAUUUAAUGAUUUAGGAAUUAAUAAAACUCCAACUCAAAUAAGAGAUAAAGUAAAUAAUACUCGUUCAUCUUAUCAUGCCUUAAUUAAACAAUUACAAAAAGAAUCUUUUAAGUGGACCCAAGAGAAACAUUAUAGUCUUUCAAAACCAGUAUUUGAUUUUAUGUCAACUUUUUUUGAAAGUAAUAAUACAAUAACAUUAGAUCAAAUUAAUCAAAAAAUUGCUGAAGUAAUUCAACAAAAUAAAUCUUAA